AUGGCACCUCCAACUCCAGUUUUCGGCAGAGAAGAGCUUGCACCGGUAAGAAACAGAAUCGUGGAACCUUGUCAGUUGAAGUCUUUGAUCCAACAUGAAUGCGAGUACGAUGGGCUGAAAUACGUGUGUUUGCCUUUCAAAAGAGUUUUCCAAGAGUGUGUUGUGGGUGCACAGCGUCGGAAGACUCGAUUCGAGGUCACAACGGAGCUCACAAAUGGUGCCGUUGAUGUUACCGUUGAGAGGUUUUGGUCUAUGGGGAAAGGGUCUUAG